CGUAACUAUCGUGUUGUAUUGCUGUGAGGCAAGCGCGUCGCAAUGUUAGUGUAUUUGUUUGCCCCUACGAAUAUAUGAUUUUAUGUUACACCUUGUGCUUGAUAACAGUCUUCCUUGGCACAAGUACUACCGUACAGGCCACCUUUUAUAGUUCUAUUACAAUCAAGUGCAGCAGUGUCGCAUGAACACCGUGAUAUGUCUGUUUCACUACGAUAGUUCCCAAAGGUCGAGAACAGUGGUGUAGGUAAACGGCUGUACGGGAGCUUUUGCGACGGAAAAAUGUAUCAUAAGGGAGGCGGAGGACGGCCGAGAGGCUUCGGCUUUGAAGGCUUCAACGUCGCAGCCAAGAAAUCUGACCCUCAGCUCGGCCAAAGUGCUUUGCCGCCAGAAAGCACCCCUUCGCCAUCGUUACCUGUGAUUAAUAGACGUGGCUAUACAGGACUGACGACCAUCACGCAAAAUGCUAUGGACAUUAACUACGGAAACCUUCGAAAGCGGCCAAAGACUGAAGAGGAGUACUUCGACCAAGACGACGAGGAUGACAAAAAGGGGCAACUGGCCUACCAGCCAGCCCCUGGAAGCCCCUCCUGGAACGAAAGCUGCGGCAACAGAAAUCAGCACUCUUCGGACAGCGAGGAAGAUCCUCUGGAUGCCUUUAUGGCGGGCAUUGAGAAAAAGCUCAAAAGUGACAGUGCAAAGCCAAUUCGAGGGGGCAGAGAGAAAGAUAUAACAAAAGAGAAGGACACAAAGGGUGUACGUGACGACAUUGAGAAUGAGGACGAUGAAGAGUCGUACUACAGGUACGUUGAAGAAAACCCAAAUGCCGCCGCUGCUGACGACACCAGUGAUGUUGAGAUCGAGUACGACGAAGAUGGUAAUCCAAUUGCUCCCCUCAAGUCCAAAUACAUUGACCCUUUGCCACCGAUUGACCACUCUCAAAUCGAGUACAAAGAGUUCUCUAAGAACUUCUUUGACGAGCCAGAGGACAUCGCACGGCUGACAGCAGCUGAGGUUGAGGACCUUCGGCAAAAGCUUGGCGUGAAGGUCACGGGUGCGUGUGCCCCAAAGCCCAUCACCAGCUUCGCUCAUUUUGGCUUUGACGAGCAGCUCAUGAAAGCGAUACGAAAGUCUGAAUACGUACAGCCGUCACCCAUACAAGCACAGGGUGUACCAAUAGCACUGAGUGGACGAGACAUGAUAGGCAUUGCAAAGACUGGUUCUGGCAAGACUGCAGCAUUCAUCUGGCCCAUGCUUGUUCACAUUAUGGAUCAACGAGAACUUCUGCCAGGCGAAGGACCUAUAGGGUUGAUCUUGGCCCCCACAAGAGAGCUGGCGCAACAGAUAUACCUGGAGGCCAAGCGCUUCGGGAAGGUGUACAACAUAACAGCAGUAUGCUGUUUUGGAGGUGGCAGCAAGUGGGAGCAAUCAAAAGCGCUCGAAGAAGGAGCUGAAAUUGUAGUUGCUACUCCAGGUCGCAUGAUCGAUAUGAUCAAGAUGAAAGCCACCAACUUGGAACGAGUCACGAUGCUCGUUCUUGACGAGGCAGACCGGAUGUUUGAUAUGGGAUUUGAACCCCAGGUACGGUCAAUCUGUGAUCAUGUGAGACCAGACAGGCAAACGCUCAUGUUCAGCGCAACGUUCAAAAAGAAAGUGGAGCGCCUCGCGCGUCAUGCUCUAACAGACCCCAUCCGGGUAGUCCAGGGGGAUAUCGGAGAGGCAAACGAGGAUGUUAUGCAGCUGGUGUUGGUUAUGCCACCAGGAUCUGCAAAGUGGACCUGGCUCACCAGCAAGCUGGUUGAGCUCACUUCAGUGGGAAGUGUGCUGAUAUUUGUCACCAAAAAGGCCAACGCAGAGGAGCUAGCGACAAAUCUCAAGACUAAAGAUCACAGAGUGGGACUGUUGCACGGUGACAUGGACCAGAACGAUCGUACCAAAGUUAUCGCGUCCUUCAAGAGAAAAGAGUUUCCCAUUUUAGUUGCAACUGAUGUUGCAGCACGAGGUCUUGACAUACCCCAUGUAAAGACCGUCGUCAAUUACGACAUUGCUCGUGACAUCGACACUCACACCCAUCGCAUUGGUCGAACUGGACGAGCAGGUGAGAAGGGUCUGGCGUACACUCUUAUCACAGAGAAGGAGAAAGAGUUCGCGGGCCAUCUUGUCCGAAACCUGGAAGGAGCCAAUCAGGGCGUACCUUCUGCACUCAUGGACCUCGCUAUGCAAAGCUCCUGGUUCAGAAAGUCCCGUUUCAAACAAGAGAAGGGCAAGAAACUCAACAUUGGCGGUCAUGGUCUCGGCUUUAGGAUACGUGAACGGCCAGGUCUUGGAGCUCCUCCACCGCAGUCUCGUACUCAGGGCCCACUUGCUGGAAUGGGUAGCUACGCGGCUAGUGUCCUUUCCGCGCCUCAGUUUGUCGCGUCCUCGGACAAGGGAAGCGCCUGCUCUGCUCCUCAGCCAUCUGCAAAGACCACUCCAGGCCCACAGUCCGAUCGUCUAUCAGCCAUGCGAGCUGCCUUCCAAUCUCAGUACAAAUCCCAGUUUCAAGCUGCAACCGACACGUCCUGGCUGAAGAAGCAGAGAGUGCCGGAUCCACCAUCGGAUCCCAGGCCGGACCUGACGGAAUCUGCGGGAUCGAAGCGACGCAAAAAGUCGCGGUGGGACGUCUAACGGAUGCGCGGUGGUCUGGCGUCCGCGUUUGUUGCUCUGUGUCUGCACAUUUCAUUGCGGCGGCCAAAGUGUGUGCACUACUUUACUUAGAAAGUAGUGUGCUGUAAUAUUAAAUGUAUAAUGAAGAA